AUGAGACUCAUAGACACCACCUCGUUCGAGCUUCAGUCUGGGGAACAGUCUGUAUACCGCGAAGAAGGCUAUGCCAUUUUAUCACACCGCUGGCAACCUUCGGAAAUCAAGUUCAAUGAGUUCCUCGAUCAUACUGAAGAACUCAAGAAUGGCGCGGGACCCCUUCCGUUAUGUUUAGAUAAGAUUCGCGGUGCUUGUGCCACCGCGCGCAACAAGGGUUACAAUUGGAUGUGGAUCGAUUCGUGCUGUAUCGACAAGUCGAGCACCACUGAGGAAACCGAGUCAAUCAACUCCAUGUUCAAAUGGUACCGCGAUGCAAAGCUGUGUAUUGUUUACCUUUCUGAUGUUGAGGUAAACACCACUCUGGCUGAGGCCGAACUGAAAGCGAACCCUCUGAUAUUUAAUCGUAUCGGCCGCGAAGACCCUUCUGAGUGGUUCUAUCGAGGAUGGACCUUGCAGGAAAUGCUGGCACCACGAGAUCUGGAGUUUUAA